AUGGAUGCGAAGCACUCCUACGAGCAGGUGUUUCCAGUCUUUGGUGCGUCGUCGCACGAGUCGCUCUCGGGGCCAGAUCAAUCAGCCCAGAAUGACGAAACACAGCCCGCAGCGCCGCCCAAGGCAAAUAGCCGGUCGCCGCUGUUCUGGGUCAACGCCGACGUGCAGUCGGUCAAGGGCGGCUCGCGAGAAGCGACGCUGAAACGCAUCAGAUCACAUGUCAUGUCCGAGCACAACCGCAAGAAGCGGUUGGAGAACACGCGGCGGUACAACAAGAGCAAGACGUGGAAGAACCUUGCUUUUCGCCCGGAGACUAUCGACAAGUCAAAUAGUAAUUCCUCGCCUACUUCUGUCAAGUCGCUGUCGUCUUCGUCGCCGUCAUCGUCUGGGAUGUCGUCGCCGCCGGGGAAUGCUAGUUCAAAGGACUCGACGUCGCCGGAAAGCACGCAGGACGUUCCACCGGAGAGUCUGCCCAAUUUGGGGACCGAGACUGUUACUACUACCAAAGUCCAAGCACCGGUCAUUGAAGACGUGAAAUGGAUUCCAACAAAGACUCAUUCGCCCUGGUCAAACUUGGGCGCAAGCCAGACGGACCCGUUCAAUUCGGCCCAGGUGCCGGUAUCCAAUGCCCAUUUCCAACAUCUCCGUUUAUUUUUACACGACCUCGUCGCCCAAGCCGCGCCGUUUCGAAACCAUGGCGUCCCCGCGCUGCGAAACCACUGGGUCGCUCUUGUGCGAACGAAUCCCGUGCUGCUGCACUCGUGUAUCACAAUGGCAGCGACACACAAGGCGUUGGCGUGUGGGGUCUUUUUUGCAGACCCGGUUACGCAGCGAACGAGCUCACUGAUUCUGGACCGGUUAUACCACCGCGGGGAAACGAUCAGGCUGAUCCACCGGGAUCUGUCCAUCUCGUCGAGAGCAUCGAGCGAUGCCUUGAUUGCGGCGGUUGCUCUGAUGAUUGGAAUCGAGACUAUUGGAGGGCAACCGGACUGGAUAUCGAUACAUCUUAACGGACUGCGGAAGAUAGUCUCGCUACGAAAGAGCUUUUCCGACAUUUCCAAAGACGUGCGAUGGCAGAUUGAGUGGACGGAUAUCCGGGCUGCAUGCAAGAGCAUGUCGAAACCAAUAUUUCCCUUUAUUCGAUACACGCUGCCAGAACACACGCCGGCCGCGGUGCUCCCAGAAAACGCGGGGUUCCUGGCAUCGAGUCUGCGGGCGCUGGGCCAGGUGCCAGGCGUGUUUGGCAUUGACAUGCGACGAGCAAUUGACGACUUGAUCUCUGUCACACUGUUUGACGAGAUCUACAAGCGACAGCAACACCAUAAACACCAACAACCAGAACCACUCCUCCUCGACGCCGAGCUUGAAGAAUACUUUAACAACGAAGUAUUGUACGUUGAAUACUCGCUCUGCACCGACCGCUUCACCGACGAUAAUAUGUCUCGCGCCGACGACCAAACCAUUCAAGGUAUUGUGCGUCUGGCCAUGUUACUCUUCCACAACACCAUCUUUUGGGGAUUCUACCCGAUCGUCGGCCCCUUUUUUUCGUUACCUAUAACAACCCUCGAAGCCGCGCUACGCGGAGGCAUCGCCACAGAAAAUUUCCAGCACACCCCCGAAGUUGUCAUCUGGGUUAGCUUUAUCGGCUACUGCGCGGCACGGUCUGUGCCGACAAGCCGCGAGUUUUUCCUGCGUACGCUAAUCACUACUGUGUACGAUUACAACGCCACCAGGGGUAAUAGUGGCAGUAGUAGCCAAAGGCGAAUAGACUCGUUUAACGCGUUCCACUCACUGCUGCAGCGGUAUUUUUAUGUUGGACGGUGUUAUCUCACAGAGGCGCAGGAUGUGUGGUGUCAUAUUUAG